GAGAAGGAAAGUUCACGAGCACUGCGAGGCAUUUCUCGUAAGCUUGCUUGCGCCUUAUUCGAGCUGAAACUGUGGAUCAACGAUGGGAUUAACAAGUGGAUUACUUUUACACCUCGACUUUCAGUUUCAGGAAUAAUUUUAUUGACAAUCCUGAAAAAUUAGAAGCAAAGUGGAGAUUUUUUCGCCUACUUUCACUUGGGUUGAUCGGAUUCGAACAUUUUCUCUUUCGUGAGUGAGCUAGCCUGGCGCUGGCUCAGUGGCUGGCUGAGCUGUGCGAAGCACGCCCCGUCCCGAUUUAUCCACACUACAAUCGCAUCGCCAGUGACCAUGGAGAUCAUGGAGAUGGAGUCAUCCAAGACCAAGACGACAAAAUACUUGUCGAAGUAUAAAGAUACUUUUCAAGCAGAAUGGGACUGUGUGACAGUUUUCACAGGAAUCCCUCAGAGACUUUAAACAGUCCACAUAUAAAGCUCAUUUACCAUGUUUACCACUACUGCAGCCCCUUCCCACUCUGGCCAAUUAAAGGAUAACAUCACCAAGCAUGCUAGAUAAAGCAGCUCACAUUGCAAUGACAGGACAGAGUUUGAUGGCAUAUAUUUCGACCUUUGAACUCAACCACCUUCGUAGAAUAGCAACAAGGAUAGUCUCUGAUACCACACUCUGGCUAUCAAGGAUAUUCAGAUUUGAUGAAUCAUCAGCAUACUACCAUGUGGAUGAUCGGGAAGGUCUAGCGAGGGUUUGUCGACUGGUUCUUAAUAAUAAAUAUGAGAAAUAUGGUACAGAGGGUUUCAACUGCCUCUACACCAAACCACCAAUCAUCUAUAUCAGUGCUGCAUCACGACCUGGACUAGGACAAUACAUCUGUUCACAGCUUGGUCUUCCACAAUCCAGUUUAUGUACAGUACCAUGUAACACAGUCUUUGGAUCCCAACACACUAUGGAUAUUGCUACAUUAGAGAGAUUGAUCAAAGACGACGAAUCCUCUUCCAAGACACCUCUGAUGGUGGUAGCGAAUGCAGGCUCCCCCAUGGCUGGUCAUACUGAUAAUCUCAACAGACUAAGAACUAUCUGUGAUGAUCACAAUCUAUGGCUUCAUGUGGAAGGGCAUAAUCUAGCCACCCUUGCUCUAAGCACUGUGCCUUCAUCAAUAUUGGCUGCUAAGAGAGUGAACAGUAUGACCAUCCUGCCUGGCGUGUGGCUGGGUCUACCUGGUACUCCGGCCGUUACAUUGUACAAGACAGCCGAUCCUGCUUUGAGUCUAGCAGCAGGACUAUGUUCAUCUCAACCUCAAGAGAGAUUAGGUGCCCUACCUCUCUGGCUUGCCCUUCAAUGUAUGGGUCAUGAUGGUAUCGUUUCUAAGCUACACCAUGCUGCAGAACUAAGUCAACAGAUGUCUCAGAGACUCAACUCCCUUGGUGCUAUUAAUCUGGCAGAUAAGAAACGAGCACGACCAGACAAGGAAAUCACGUUAGAAGGAUCACUAUCUGAAGUCAUCAGCAAAACAAUACAAGUCUUUUCUCAAGUGGAUGUUGUGUCACCUGUGGUUGUCUUCAAAUAUGAUGACAGUAUGGAAGCUCCCGGUAAAUCAUUUGCUCAAUACGCUACAGCACAUGAUGAAUCAGAUGAAGGGAAGCAGCAAAAUACACUACCCAAGCCUACCCUUGAUGCAUUCAAUGACUGGCUUGGAGCUGAGCUGAAUAACCUUGAGCCAAAAAUUGGUCUAGACAUCGUUGAAGGAGACCAAGAGGGCGUGUGCAUUAGGUUCAGCCCAAUGACUAGUGCCCCAUAUAGAGGGACUACAUCAGAACAUAUAGACUCAUUUGUUGAAACCCUGAAAUCACUCAUUUCCAAGCUGAAUGUAACGAUAGAGCAGAGAGGACCAUUCCAUGAAUUAUCAUCGGCCAAACAGAAUCUGACGGUAAUUGAUGGUGAGAACCACGCCGGACUGGGUAUUGUGCAAUUCAUUCCAGAUUAUCUAGCUAACCAGGACCCCGAGUCCGAGCAGACCAAACGAGAGGUCACUAAAAUCAACACAGAACUGGUACAAAGGCUACAGGCUGGUGAGGACGCCACCCAAAGGGGGCGCUAUCAGGUGACACAGACGGGAGAGGAGACGGUGGCUGUAGCGAUAGGUGUGGUGGAUGGUGAUGCCAAUUUGGAGGAGGUCCUCGAUAUGAUCUGUGACAUUGGCAAAGAGCUGGAAGAUUCAUCUCAGUUCUUAGAGACAAUGUCAGAGCUAAUCCUCAAAGGUAUCAUGGAGGCUGAGAAACAGCUUGAACAAGAAAAUGAAAACAAGCUACUAGAGGAGGGUGUGUUAAGACAAGUUCCUCUAGUGGGGUCUCUACUCAACUGGUUUUCACCUCCUCCAGAAGCUAUCAUCAAGGGAAGAACACUUAAUCUUUCUUCAGGUUCCCUGGAGAGUACAGAGAAGACCUACAAACUUCACAUGCAGGUCCAGGAGGAGUCUGCCUCUCCUAUCAAACAACGUCCUCCCAAGUCUACUCCUACCACACCAGCGGAAGAGAAACCUGUUCAGAAACGUGACUUAGAGGGCGCUCUUGAUCCUGCUGCAACCUUGGAGACUGAGAGUCCAGUGGCGAACAGUGUCAGUGAAGGCAGCAAUGCUACAAGUGGUAGCAGCUUCCAGGAAGUUAGUGCAGUGGACAUGAAGGAACUGACCACUGAGAGUGAAGGGGAGGAUAUAAAAUGAGGGGCAGGUAUCUCAUGGUAAUCUCAAGAGAAGGAAGUGCAUCAGUCUCAUACAGACCAAAUCUUUUCUUCCUCAGUCCUUGCAUCAUUAUCGGUUAAGUUUUGACAGUCACUUAGCACUGUAUUUAUUAAAUAUGUUUCAGCAACUUUUCUCUCUGACACUUUUUUUUCUUUAAGUGAAGUCUUGUGAGUUAUCACCCUGCUAUCCGCUGCUCAUAGACUUUUAGUAUAUCAUUUUGAUUUUCUAUGAGGAUCUGGUGACAUGGUACCCAUCCAAGUACUCUUUUAUCAUGAAGUUGCACAAUAUUUUUCUCAUACUUCAAAGAAAAAAGAAAUUGUUGACUUGCAGGUUUUUGAAAUUAGGUCACUUGUAGUAUAAUAAUUGGUGGCAGAUCAAUUGUGAGACAUUAAUUCUGAGAGCAAUGUUGAACCAAUGUCCCCCCCCCCCCUCCCUUCACCUACCCCUAUCUGGCUUGGCCUUCAGUGCUGUAAGACAGCAAAGUGAAUUCCAUUUGUUAGUAUCUCUGUUAUUUGAUUUCAAAGUGUCACAUUUAGCCACAUUUUAUUUGGGCACCUCUACAUUAAUUUCAUAAUGAAUUAGUCUAUUCAUUAAGAAAUAAGAUUACUUGUAUCAGUUGAGUUCAUAUUUUCAUUUGUUCCUAUGAAUAUGAAUAAAUAGAUAAAUAAAUGAUAAAUCAAUUUCAAAUCUUAAAGGUAUAGAACAAUGACCAAGGAACACCCAUACAAGUAAAGCAAUGAUAUAGGCAUCUGAGUUAUAAAAAAAGGGAACAAGUGCUAGAUUCAGCUAACAAACUAACAGAACAAUUUGAACUUUGUGACUAGAUUGUGACAAGUGGUAGGACCUACUUUCUUAUUUGUCAUGUACUUUAUUAUAAGUAUAAGGAAAUUCUAGUAUUUUCCUUGAAGUAUUACUCCCCCCCCCCCCCCCCCCCCGGCGAUAAUGAAGUGUAGCAUAGAUUACAUAAUGUAUUGAUGUAAAUAAUGAAAAUAAAGGAACAUAUAAUUUCAAGUAAGUUUUUAAAAAGAUGACAUUCUAGACAUUUUGUGUAUUAGAUUAAAUAAAGUAGUAGUCCUUACCCUACAUCACAAUGGCAUCACCUUUGUGGCCAAUUUAAGAUCUCCAUAGGUAUACUUUAUAGUGAUUACAGUUUUUUUAUUAACUUUAAGAAAGUAAACACUUUAUUUUUCUUCUGAUUUCAUUCAAACUUACACCUGUGUACUUAUCUGAUGUUUUCUCAUUGCUUUAAAGCAAUUUUCUAUGUAGGUUGGAUUUUCUUUUAAGAAAUUUGAUAAUAUUUGCUGAUGUAGCUAUUUAAAAUGAUAUAAAUACCAUUCCAUGGAAUAUGUAACCAGAACUUAAUGUUAGAAGAAUUUAUUAUUUAUAUUUACAGUCUUUGAUCAACAUGUCCAAGUCUAUUUUAUUUUGUUUUUAUUAAGUAUGAUUUUUUUUUUACUUAUAAUUUUAAAUUGUCAUAAUAUUGAUAUUGCCUUUAGGUUUAACAACUUUUUGAUAUGUAUAUUUGGUAUUUGUUUUCUAGUAAGUUUUCUAUACGAAGGAGUCUUAUUUAUGUUGCUUAUCAUUGUGUAUAGCAUUUGUAUUAGUAAGUAAUUGUUAAGUCAUUCCAUUAUAUCCCAUCAAAUCAUUGUAUUUAAGUUAUUGGUUAUAAUGUUUUGAAGAUAUGUUUCAUUGAUGUGCUUGGAACAAAACUUUUUCAUGUGCCAACAAAAUGUUCUAUCUAUUAAUUAAGAUAUAAUACACACCAUACAUUUUAUUUUUUUUAAACAAGCAUGUUCAUAUGUUUCCAACCAGUUUUCAAGAAGCUGCAGUUUCAUGCAUUUGCACAAGUUUUCUUGUUUGCCAGCAAUUGAAAUUUUGCCUAGAAUUUACAUAAUAGAAAGAUAUAUUUGAAAUGUAAAUUUGAAUCUAUGAGAGCAUUGUUGAUAUUCAAACUUACCUUAUAUUAAGAA